CUAGGCGGUGCAUCAGUGUGUUAGCACUUUGUCACUACUAUCAUACAAACCUCGAACCCCGAUUUUUCACUAGACCACAGCUGAAAAAUCAGCACAAGAGUCAAAACCCAAUUCUUUCUACACUUCUGUCUUUCUACACUUCUAUUCGUCCGGGUACAGAUAGUAGAUAGUUACAGGUAGAGAUAUCCAUACAUCGCAGACAGUCACAGCUAGUUCGACAACAGUGUCUCGUCUUCAGCCUUUUCGCAUCCUCUCAUACCAGCAUCUAGUAUAGAUUAGCGCCAGCUUUUUCAUUCCAACAGAUUUUGUUUCUUCCACCACAUUCACCAUGUCAAAUCUCCGUACACAGUCCUUGCAGCCGUUACAACCCUUGAGCGGUGGUCAAUUGAACAACAGAGUCAACAAUGUGACUCCCAUCAAACAGCCAGUUAGACGUUUAAAGGAAAAUGUGGAGACCAUUGCACCUCCACCUUCCAACACAGCAAAGCCACAACAGCAAAAGAAAAAGAAGGAAAAACUCUCAGCGCUCUGCAAGACUCCUCCCUCAAUUGUCAGAACCAGAAACGGCAGAGACUACCGCCGUGGGAACUUUCUUGGAGAAGGUGGGUUUGCUCGUUGCUUCCAGAUGAAAGACUCCUCUGGUCAAAUCUAUGCUGCGAAGACCGUUGCCAAAGCCUCUAUCAAGAACGAAAAGACCAAGACCAAGUUGCUCUCCGAAAUCAAGAUCCACAAGUCGUUGAAACAUGCCAACAUUGUCAACUUCAUUGACUGUUUUGAGGAUGACGUCAAUGUCUAUAUUCUCUUAGAGAUCUGCCCCAACCAGUCGUUAAUGGAACUCUUGAAAACGAGAAAGAGGGUGUCUGAACCUGAGGUCAGAUUCUUCAUGGUCCAGAUCGUCGGUGCCAUCAAAUACUUGCACUCGAGAAGAGUUAUCCACAGAGACUUGAAGCUCGGCAAUAUCUUUUUUGAUCCCGACAUGAACUUGAAGAUCGGUGACUUUGGUUUGGCAACUGUCUUGCCUUCUAACUCCACAAGAAAGUACACCAUCUGUGGAACACCUAACUACAUUGCGCCAGAAGUCUUGGGAGGUAAGAAUACGGGUCACAGCUUCGAAGUCGACGUCUGGGCCAUUGGGAUCAUGAUGUAUGCUCUCUUGGUAGGAAAGCCACCUUUCCAAGCCAAAGACGUUCAGGUGAUCUACGAAAGAAUCAAGAAGACCGAAUACGGUUUCCCUGAAGAUAAGCCUAUUUCUGACUCUGCCAAAGCAUUGAUCAAGGAUUUGUUAAGUUUGAAUCCUAUCCACAGACCUACCAUUGACGAAAUCUUGAGCUACGAAUGGUUCAAGGGUCCGUUCCCAGAAAAGACUCACGAGUUGAGUUUGAACGGCACACCUUCUGGACUUGACCAGAUCUCGUUGGCUCAAUCGGCUUUAAACUUCAACAACACCAAGACCAAUGCUGGUAUCUAUACUCCUAAGAAUAGGAACCCAGUGGAAAUCUUGAGAUCUGACUUGCACUCGGAGCAACCUAGAGCCAUGCUUCCACAGUCAUUGUCGCCUAAUGAUACCAAGAAUAAGUACGAAGAGGUGGAUCCAACGCUGUUAGGCAGACCCAGAAAGAUAAACCUCAGUAGCAACUACUCUACUACUCUCAAACGUCUCAAUAACAUCUGUUUGGAAACGUACCAAAACAUGAGAAGAUUGCAGUACUCUCAACACGAAAGUAUAGAUGUGAUGGAGUUGCCCAGAUGCGAGAACCCUACAUUAAUUAGCAAGUGGGUAGACUACUCCAACAAGUAUGGCUUCUCGUACCAGAUGAACAACGACGAUAUCGGAGUUUUGUUCAACGACGGCAAUACCUUGUUGAAACUUCACAACUCUGACCGCUUCUUGGAGUUGAUCUACCAUGAAAACGAAGGCUGGACCUGUAUUGAGAACUCAAGCAGUCAUCCACCCACCCAGACCAGAAGACAAUUGGAGAUCGUUGACUUCUUCGCCAAAUACAUGAACAGCAACUUGUCCAAGGUGAGCGAGAACGAAGAAAGAAAAGAAACAGUUUUCUUAAGACGCUACACUAGAACUCCGGAAUACAUUAUGUUUGAAAUGACGAACGGGAACUUCCAGUUCAACUUCAAGGACCAUCACAAAAUCUGCGUCUCGAAGAACGGAUUGGCCAUUACUCACAUAUCUCCUAGCCGUGCCAUACAAACACAUCCCUUGAUCUUAAUAUUAAAGCAGGGCAACUUCCCCUCCGAAGAAGUGCCUGAAUGCUUGGAAAAGAUUGCUGUUAUCAAAGAUGCCAUCAAGAAGAAAGCAUUCAAGGAAACCUAGCUUAACCUAGCUUAACCAAUACCUCGACAAUGAUCCAUUGUCCAUAUUUUUCUAGCAUAUACCUUUCAAAUUUCACUAUUUGAUAACGUUCAUCACUCUUUACGUCUGCUUUUGUUUUGUUUGUUUGCUUUGUCAACUAUUACUACCUUUGCAUUUAUCCCACUACUACUUGCAUCUAUUACCUUACUAAUUCAGUUCCUCAUCUUCUUUCCGUAUUAAUUUUAGAUUGCUUUCUGCGACUGCUUGCUGAAAAGUUGUUGUCGUAGACAAAAUUACAUAUAUAUUAAUAUACAUUCCAAAUAU